UGAGCAAAGACAGAGUAGAAUAGAGUAAAAAUCGCCAAUAAUCGAAGAUGACGAACGUGGUAUCCUCAAUGUUGAAACCUGAUCAGCCAUUUAAGGAGCUUGGAUGUCCUUCCUGCAAUCUCUUGUCGCUUAACCAUUUGGCGUUACAGCAAAAAAUAAAUGCAAAUUUUAUCUUUCAUGCGAUUAAAAACUAUAAAAAAUCACCGACCGAUCGCAAGACGAUAACCUUCAUUAAAAAUAAGUUUCAGGGUCUAAAGAUCUUAUGGCUUGAGUUCCAGCGCAGGGAUAACCAAAUUCGACGGUAUUACAAUUGCAAGGAGGAUCAGCACGAAUACUUUCAACAGGAAUUGUUUUCGCUCGUAAAAGAGAAAUAUAUGCUAGCCCGUGUUCUCAUGAAUCGCGACAGAAAAAAAUUACUUUUACAUACAACUUUCGAGACUGGAAAUAUUUAAAGUUUAAAAAGCGGAAGCAGAUUUAAUAAUUUUC